AUGGCUCUCAACUUAGUCCCAACGUCAGUCGGCGUCCUUAUCUUUACCUCUCUUGUUCUACUAUACCGUCUUCGCGCUCGCUCAUCGCAAAAACAGCGAGAUGCGGAAUCCAAAAAACCCAGCCAGCGGGACCUUGAGGCGAGCUUCACAGAGGAGGCGCGUCGCAUGCGGAAGAGGCUGAUAGAGGCACUGCCGGAAAGUGUUAUUUCGCCAGAAAAUGCCGCGUCAUUUAAAGAGUCGAUAAAUGCGUACUGGGACCAGAAAGCGUGCGAAGUUGCGCCGGCGUGUGUGGUGAGACCGUGCAAUGCACAGGAGCUGUCCCUUGCUGUGAAAAUCCUGAAGAAAGAGUACGAUGAGCAAAAGAGAGCAACAUACAGCGCAAACCCCAAUAAAGAUGGCGUAUUCGCCGUUCGAAGUGGCGGGCACUCUCCAGUCGCCGGAGCAUCGAGCGUCAAGGGCGGAGCGCUCAUUGACCUCAGCCUCUUCGACCAAGUCAUGCUGUCAGUUGACAAGAAGAGCGUGGUCAUCGGUGCUGGUUGCAAGUGGAUGCAUGUAUACAAAGCACUCGAAAAGCAAGGGCUCGCCGUGGCUGGAGGACGAAACUCGGCAGUCGGUGUUGGUGGGUUGACGUUGGGCGGAGGCCUUUCGUUCUUCUCGCCGCGCUUUGGCAUGGUGUGCUCCAACAUCGUCGAGUACGAAGUCGUCCUUGCCAACGGUUCAGUUGUGACAGCGUCUGAGACGUCGAAUGCGGACCUCUGGCGCGCGCUCAAGGGCGGAGCAAACAAUUUCGGCAUCGUGACGAGCUUCACAGCCAAAGCAUUUCGGUCGGCAGAUAUCUGGAGUGGCUUUUUGUACAUCCCACCUUUCGAGACUCCAAGAGUGUUGUCAUCUUUCCACGAGUUCGUCAACCGUGUAAUCGCCGACGAUGACGGAAAGGUUUAUGAUGAGUAUGCUGCGGGCCCGAUUGCAUGCUUCACCUACCUGCAGCAACUUGGCAUCCAAGCCAUCGCAGUCGCCUUAACGCACACCAAGACUCCUGAGCCUGGCAAGAAAUGGCCAGCGUGUUGGCAAAGUUCAAGCUUUUCCAAGCUGUGGCGAUUCUGGAGCACCUGUAGCGUCAAGAGUCUGACAGCUGCCACGGACGAGAUGAGCGUCUUGAACCCGCCUGGACGGCGACAGGAAUUCGCAACAACAACUAUCAAGAACGACAGGGGUACCAUUGACGCCGCGCACCAGGCUUACCGGGAUGCGGUAGCAAAGAUCCGAGAGCACAACAUAAGGGAGAUGUCAUGGACCCUCGUCCUGCAGCCGCUGCUUCCUGACUGGGCCCGCAAGGGCGAUCCCAACGUGCUGGGUCUUGACAUAUGCACAGACGAACCCUUAAUCAACGUGAGCUUCACCGUCAAUUGGGCGUUGUCGAAAGAUGACGGGAUGGUGCAGGAUAUCACUCGCGCGGCGAUUGAGCAGAUUGACGCUUUUGCCGCAGAGCAUGGUACCGGCCAUCGGUAUCGCUACAUCAAUUACUGUGCACGCUGGCAGGAUCCUUUCACUGGCUACGGAGCGGAUAAUGUGGAAUUCAUGAGGGAGGUAGGUCAGCGGUACGAUCCCGAGGGCCUGUUCGAGAAAGGCUGCGUGGGCGGCUUCAAGCUUGGGCGGUGA